AUGCCUCGCGCAUCAGCAUCGGGCAAGCGACAUACAGGUGGCGCCGGUCAUCGCGACACGAAGCACGAGAAUGGGCUCGUAGGCCCGGCGAAACGAACCACUGGCAGGAAGGGCCCCAAUCACUCCGAAGGCCCUGCGAGGCCCGCCGACAAUGGCGCCGGCCACGCAGGGCCGCAGCUUGUGACCCAGGGCGUGCCCAACGGCAGCUCCAAGGCUGGCAUCGACUUCGCCCACGAUCACCGCACCGCCGAUACCCGCAGGUCCUCUGUCGGCAACGAUUCUGAGACGUCCACCUCCGAGUCGUGCACCUCCCACAUGGCAUCUGGUGGCGCCGUCGAUGGCGGCCAUCGCCAGAUCGACGUCAACGCCAUGAAGAACAUCGAUGUGCACCGCGACUCGAGCCCCCUCGACAUCGUGGCCACCGUCCUCAAGUCCCUGCCGAUGCAGGAUACGCUCGCCAUCCUCAUCAUCCUCAUGCAGCUCCCGACUCUUUCCCUCUCCAUCAUCUACGGCAUCUUUACCUGCUUGACCUUUGUUCCCACCGUCACCACAAGCUCGGGCAUCAAUCUCAACUUUGCCGAAAUCUUUGAUGGCCACUCGACCAUGCCUUCCUUUGUCACCAUGUUUUGCAUGGAUUUCUUUUUCCUCCUCAUCUGGCUUUUUCUUUGGCAGCCAAUCCAGGAUGCUAUUCUGGAUCUAGCCAAGCCCAUCAUUGCCAUCACUCUCGGCGGCGGUGCUACUUACCGGAAUGGCAGCUCGAGAGGGAUUACGACUUGUGCCGUCUGGAUUGCGGGUAACCAAUUCAUCCGUAGUACACGAAGCCAUUGGUCCCGCUUUGCCAGACACAUCCCCGAAGACUGGCCGGUCCCUUCUGCCUUGAGAGGCACACUCGAAUCCACAUCACUCAUGCACGAUAAGAGAAGUGCAUUUGCGUGGGUACGAAGCGGAUUGGCCAUUCAUAUCUUGACUCAGGGGCUGGUCAGAUACAUCCGAGAGUGGUACCUGAGGAGGGAAAAGGCCAGCGCGGCAGCUGGCCAGCAUGACCCCGAGGCUGGGAAAUCCGUCGCCACCAUCUCGAUCAAUGGCGAAGUUCCGCACGACACUGGCUUCAACACUCCAGACACAGAGGCUGGGUGUGCUCAGCUCCCACCUCCACCCCCUACCAACAAGAAAAGAAGAAAGCAGGGUACGCAAGUCAGACUACAGCAGCCGCUAUGGGCAGCGCUGGCUAGCACCAAGAUUGUUGUAAUGAAAGAGUACGAGUCGUCUCACGUGUCCUCCAAAUCACUUGGCGUCAACACGACAGAUAUACACAACCUCGGGAAUGCGCCUUUCAACACUCAGCCUAAACAGAUAUGGAUAUCCUAUAUUGGUUGCGACGAAGCAUGUUUUAACACCAGCAAUUUUCCCGACGUCGAUGACGUGCCGCUGCCUCUGACCACCCCCAAUGGACAGCCCAUCGCGCGACCCACUGGCGUCGACACAUCCAAACCUUUCUACGUCAAGGUCAAUAAUGCAUUUUGGCAGCCAACUCGCAUUUUCCCAGUUGUUGAUGAAGAUGACAGCGGCCGAGCAGGUGAAACUCGCUGGACGGGAGACAUUUAUGGCCUCCGGCCGUCGUCAAAGUACGUGUGUGAGUUUGUGGACACUAGGACUGACAAGGUCAUCUUCUCAACCAACAUCCGCACUGUCAAAGAGCCAGCACGCGAAAACGACGGUGCACCUGUUGCUGUGUCCGGCAACCAGCAAUCCCUCCAGCCCGAUUCUCCCGCCACCACCCUGCGUAUUUCCAUUGCGGCGGCUGAAGCAAAGCUCAACGACGAGAAAAAUCGCCUCAAGACUUGGCGCAAGGAAUGGAAGUCCAGAAUUAACGCCCUCAAAAAGGAGAACGAGCUCCUUGACAAUCAGAUAGCCUCAGCCGGCCACAACGACGACAAAUAUAGACAAAAAGUUCGCCAACAAGAGAUACAGAAGGCACAGGCCGAGCGUGAAACGGGAACCAUAAUCGAGCAGCUCAAGAAGUUUGACAGCUCCCCGGAACUGGCCGAGAAGAAGCAAGGAAUGGAACGGACCUACACUAAUGAGAAGAAGCUAUAUGAUGCAGCUCAGAAGAGUUUACGCGAAUACAAGGCGAAGUUGGAGGGUGAAGUUCAUACCAAGGAAAACGAGAACAGCAACCUCAUCACCAAGCGUAACAAGAUCGCCACUCGCAUCGCCAAAGUCGAAAACGAGCUUGCCAACAUUGCUGAUGCAAACAAUCGAGGCCUCAACGAAGUGGAGCGGCGAAAGCGAGAGCGCGCCAACUGGCAGGAGCAGGUCAUUAACACGGAAAAGGCCUAUCAUGAUCAGCUCGGGCAGAUUUAUGCAACGAACAAUGCAAAGGUCGAGCACAUUCGCAGCCUCCAGAAUCAGAUACAAGGAAUUCAAAACUUCUUGAGCCAGGCUAGCAGCAUGCCCGUGGAGAUGGCCCCUCUCGAUCCUACCGCCGUGACUGCGCAUCCUGCCUUUCAGUCACCGCGGCCGCCACAGCAGCAGCUCCCCCCGCAUCAGGGUCAGCCUCAAACUCCCUGGCAUCCCAACCCGAUUGGUUAUCCGCCCAACAUGUACGUGCCACUGCCAAAUGGUGAGAAUCACUCAACUUCUUCUCUCCCUUUUACUCUGCCCGGUAUCGCCGCAUGGCAGUCACCGCCCAUGACCACGUUCGAGAAUCGCGGCAUCAAGUCGCGCGGUCGCAGUUCUAGCAUGCUCAGCGACGUCAGCGGUUUCACCCAGCCGAGCGAUGAGGAGCCCCGGUCUCCCGUUGGCAUGGGCAUGAACAUGGCGCGACGGCCCAUGUACACCAAGCGGUUUGGCGUUCAUGACAGCAGAGGGAGCACCGGUAGUGGCGGUAGUGGCGGCAGUGGCAGUAUGGGUGAUCCAUCGAGCCCGUCUUGA